CCUCGAUACCCUGCCCAGUGCCCAACACUGCACGUACCGUACUACCGUGCCAGUAUGGGGUCGCAACCCUCCUGCUGCAACGAUUUCGGCAAACAUACGCGGGGUUAAUGAGGCAGGAUGGGAUAUCAUCUGGCGUCGGUCCACUCCUUACUUAUGGUUGCAUAAACGAAAUUCGAUUCUCUACUGUCUUUACCGUCUACCUGUGGCAGCACACGCUUAGUUUUGCCAAGCACAGUUGGGUGAGCGAGACGAGAUUUGUUCCAGACAAGUGACUGAACGGUCAACAUUUCCCCACAUUCUUGCCAAGCGCGCUAUCUCCGUCUUCCGUCCGAAGUCUUCCAAAUUCCAAUCCAUUUCCCCUUCAGGGCAUUCGAGAAUUUCGAACUGGCGGUGGCGAUGAGUGAAAAGUCGCAGUACGCUGCAAAAUCGAGCUCGGCGGAUGUGACGCUCAAUGGGAACGGCCUCCCCGUGGGGCGGGCCAUCGACGAAGAAAAGCAAUUGGGCCGGUCGAAAGAGCAAGGGAAGCAGGAGGACUAUGAACAGGUGGUGCAUGCCGAAUAUGAGGAGUCCACCGGACCGGAAGACGUGACGGGUGAGCCGGCGGUGCGGAUUGACUCCGUCAACAACCUCGAUACGAUCCCGAACGGGGGACUUCGCGCGUGGUGCCAGGUUGCGGGGAGCUUCUUCCUGUUUUUUAAUACCUGGGGCAUCAUCAAUUCGUUCGGCGUCUUCCAGGCGUUCUACACCACCGAUUUCCUAAAGAGUAUGACGCCGUCGACCAUCGCGUGGAUCGGGUCGAUACAGGCGUUCCUGCUGCUGAUGGUGGGGGCGCUGACGGGGCCGCUGUACGAUGCCGGCUACUUUAGGUGGCUGCUCCGGAUUGGGAGCGUGUUGAUCGUGUUCGGGAUGAUGAUGCUGAGCUUGGCCACGACGUAUUGGCAGGCGUUGCUCGCUCAGGCGAUUUGCGUGGGGCUGGGGAUGGGGUGUCUGUUCGUUCCGUCCGUGGCGAUAUUGUCCACAUACUUCACCACCAAGCUGGCAUUUGCCAUGGGGCUUGCUGCGUCAGGGAGUAGUUUCGGUGGCAUCAUUUAUCCGAUCCUCUUGAACAAGCUCAUUCCCAAGUUGGGAUUCGGAUGGUCAGUACGAAUAUUCGCAUUCAUCGCCAUGGCGACAUUAAUCGUGCCGAAUACCUUUAUGAGAGUUCGCGUGCUUCCAGACGAAAAGAGAAAGCUGUACGACAUGACUGCGUGGAGGGAGCGGCCCUUCGUCUAUUAUGUGAUCGGAGGCUUUUUCGGUUUCAUGGGUCUCUACUGCCCAUUCUAUUACAUGCAGUCCUUCUCUCUCUACCACGGCAUUGCGGACAAGGAACUGGCCUUCUAUUUCCUGGCCAUUAUCAACGCCGCGUCGACCUUCGGCCGGAUUCUUCCGAACUUCGUCGCGGACAAAGCCGGGCCGCUGAACAUUCUCAUGCCGUGUGCGGUUCUCACGGGCGUAGUGGAGCUCGGCCUGAUCGGUUGCCGAGAUCUGGCCAGCCUCAUUGUCAUCUGCGUGCUCUUCGGGUUCUUCUCGGGGACGUUUGUGUCGUUGUCCCCCGCGGCUCUGGUCCAAAUUACACGGAAUCGUGGAAUGAUAGGUACGAGAAUGGGCAUGUGCUUCACUGUUACCUCCUUCGGAACGCUCGUCGGCAUGCCCAUUGCCGGUGCGAUCCUGACCGCGUCCUCGUAUACUUACAUCUGGGUAUUCGGCGGUGUCCUUACCAUUGUUGGCGCUUCCUUUAUGGCUACGGCCCGAGUAGCCCACGUUGGGUGGGGCCUCACCACCAAAGCAUGAGAACCAAAUCCAGAAUCCAAGAAGGAUGUGAAGCUCGGAUAUUGGUCAACGAUGAAGCUCCUCCGCUGCAACCGGAUGUGUCGGUCACCGAGUCGACACGGUUGAAGGGCAUGGCCUGCUCAAGAGGGAGUUCGGCAUUCGCGACGGUCGCCGAGGAUGGCGAUUCCAGCGCGCUGCAGGAAUGGAAGAAGAAGUGGGAGGAAUAGAAAAGCGCGGUUAUAUGCUACUGUCAGCUGACGAGACGAGCUCUUCAAGUGAGUGAGCAUCGGUAAUCGUUGUGUGUGUAAUCAUGGAGCGUGGAUGCGCCCUUGUCAGACCAGGGAUAUACCGAUCUGUAGGUGUUUGAAAUGAAAUGACGACGAAGGUUUGAUGCGACAAUGACUUGGACAUAGACAUACAAUACAGGUAAAUAAUUACGGUUACAUACUGGUAUGAGGGUGACUUGAUUUCCG